AUGCGCCAUGCUGGUAUUGUUAUGUUCGGCUGUGCCCUGUCUGCAGCCUGGUUGUCAAGACUUUGCUUUUCCCGUCCAAGGCAAAAGACGGUCGCCUUGCUACGCGAGCAGCAGGGUCGCGGGCUGCGCGUGCCCGAGGAGGAGCAGACGAAGCAGACACAUCAGAUCACUCAGGAAGAUGCUCGUGCCGUUGCAUUGCUUGCACAAGCUGGCAAGCAGGGCCGCUGGAAAAGGGCCUCUCAAGUGUGGAGAUCAUACAUGGGAAGCUCGGUCACGGUAUUUACUGCGGCAAUGCAGGCCGCCUACCGCUGUGGCCAGUACCUGCAGGGAGCAGAGAUAUAUGACCAGCUGCGUGAGUUACCACCAGAGCAGGUUGACAUAGACUCCAUCAGCUUACAGAUAGGGAUGAAGGUUUUUGGCAAGCUCCGCAAUGAGUCACGCGUCGAUGCGAUAUACAAGGAGGUUCAAGAGAAGGGCUGGUACAGCAUGCUUACUGCCGGGGCCCGGCUAGACGCCGCGGCUGAGAUGGGUGAUGUUGAGGGAGCCGCGCGUCUGCUCGACGACAUGAUGCAGAGGCGCAUUACCACCAACAUCAACCAUUUCAAUUCUGCUUUGAAUGCUUGUAAGAAUGCUGAGCCUCCGAGCUCCAAUGCUGCUGUCUAUCUCUUUAACGCACUUCGAGACCGAGGUAUGAAGCCCACCGUGGUAACAUUUACAAACCUAGUGCGUGCUUGCAGAGCAGCCCCACUGCCCAGAAUUCAACAAAUACGCAGCGACCUGGCGCUUUCCAAGCUACAGCCCGACAAGGUCUUGGCCGAGGCAUAUGUCGCGGCCCUCUUCUUUGGCAAGAUCCGGCAGCAGACGACCCUGGACGGCUUCCGCACCUUGCUCUUGGACAUGGACGACGCCCGGCAGGACGAACUGCGCAGCGCGCUGCGGGAGUUUGAUGCCCUCGGGGUUCUGACCGGCCUGUGCAGGACUGCCAAGAAGGCCCUAAGCCGCUCCGAGCCUCCCUGA